GCUCUCCCUUCAGAUUUCACCGAAGCCUUGCAAGUCUUUUUCAACCGCUCCUGAAACGAUUCAUUUUCCCCGAUAAUGGACGCGGGAUUUUUCCGCGGUACAAGUGCGGAGCAAGACAACCGUUUCAGCAACAAGCAGAAGAAACUGCUGAAGCAGCUGAAAUUUGCAGAAUGUCUGGACAAGAAGGUGGACAUGACCAAAGUGAACCUAGAAGUCAUCAAACCUUGGAUUACUCAGCGUGUGACAGAGAUUCUGGGAUUUGAAGACGAUGUGGUCAUUGAGUUCAUUUUCAACCAACUCGAGGAGAAGGCCUGAACCAAUAUGGAUGUUAAACCUUGCAUCAGAAGUAUAGCACCAACAUCUAAUUAGCUCUCUCCUGAGCCCAAAGUCACAGAGCCCAACUCUCCCUUCAUGAUGCAGUUUGUGGUUUGAGCAUCCAGACAGCAAGAUGAUGCAGAUCAACCUGACAGGGUUCCUGAAUGGAAAGAAUGCCCGAGAGUUCAUGAAAGACCUGUGGCCCCUGCUGUUGAGCGCCCAAGAAAACAUCGCCGGCAUCCCCUCUGCCUUCCUGGAGCAAAAGAAGGAGGAAAUCAGACAGAGACAGAUUGAACAGGAGAAGAUUGCUUCAUUGAGGAAGGUGGAUGAAGAUAAGAAGGAAAAGGAAAACCGGGAGAGAGCUCAAUCAAGGAGUCCAAGACGGCGGAAGACAAGAUCUCCAUCACCACGUCGAAGGUCACCAGUGAAAAGAGAAAGGAAACGCAGUCCAUCACGGUCCCCCAGGCGUAAGCCUAGUCCAGUCGGCGGCAGCUCCCCCCCCCCUCUUAUGCAGCUGCCCACUAAACCUUCAGAGCAGUCUUUGGAGCCAGAUUCAUCAGGAAAAGCCGCACAACAACAAGUCGUUCAAGAAGCUUCUUCUGCAGGAGAUACAGCUGUAGAGGCCGCUAAAGCGAGCUCAGCAACGGAGGUUAAAGAAACAUCUCCGGAGAAACCUCAUAAAAAAGCGGACAGACCACGGUCACGUGAAAGGGAGAGGGAUCCGAGGAGAGAAAGGCCUCACCACCGCUCCCGGUCUCACUCCCAUUCCCGUAGGCGCCGCUCCCGUUCAAGAUCUUACUCUCCACGUAGAAGACAAAGUCCUAGAAGGAGGAUGUCCCCUCGUCGAAGGAGUCCCCCUAGACGGGGCCCCGCUGGCCCCAGACAUCGACACAGGCGUUCCCCUGUGCGAAGGAGGCGCUCUCGUUCUGCUUCGUCCUCUGGCAGCAGCUCCUCUGGUUUACGUUCUCCUAAAAAACCCCUGAAAAGAACGUCGACCACCCCACCCCGGAAACAGCGUCCCCCCACAUCCUUGAGCCCCGUAGGAAAGGACAAACGCUCGCCUUCUCCACGAAUGAGAAGGGGCCAGGGCUCUGCUUCCCCGCCGAGAUCCUCAGGUUUCAAGCAAAAACCAGAAGGAAGAGAAUCUCCGUCUGAAAAUGUUAAGAUUGGACCUUCUGACGGCUCCGAGUCAGAUGAGGAAAAGAAUGAUAAAGGGGGAGCAGCAGACUCCGUGCAGCAGCGGCGUCAGUAUCGAAGACAGAAUCAACAAUCUUCCUCAGAUAGUGGAACGUCCUCCUCAGAGGAUGAGGGGCCUAAUAAGUCAGCAGCAGGGCCAGGUGCCAGAAAUGGUGAAGUGAAGAAAAGGCUUAGCCGCAGCCCUUCACCCCGUAGACGCUUCAAGGAGGCCUCACCAAGAAGACGACGUUCUCCCUCUCCUGGGCGCAGACGCCGCACCCCUUCACCCCCUCGACGCCGCAGAUCUCCCUCUCCCCCUAGACGCAGGUCUCCCUCUCCUCCACCCAGACGUAGGUCUUUGUCCUCUAGGCGAUACUCGCCUCCUAUCCAGCGUCGGUACAGCCCUUCACCUUUGCCUCCUCAAAAAAGAAAGAUGUCCAAUUCGCCGAUGAAACGCAUGUCGCCAGGUCCAAAGCGGCGUCCCUCCAGGUCCCCAAAGCGCAGAAGCUCCCCUGUUUCUAGGAGGCGCUCACCUCCCUCCUCUUCAUCUCCGCCUAGACACAGGAGGAGUCCCGUGAUGCCUGUGAGGUCCAACAGGGAUACGCGAUCUCCCGUUGCAGCAGGCAGGCGCUUUUCUCGAUCACCGGUUAACCGCAGUCAUCCUCUAAGGAGGUCCACCAGCCCCCACAGACGCUUUGAAGGCUCUAGUGCAUCUCCAUCUACUCAGAGGAGACAACAGUCCCCAUCCCAUAGUAGUAAGCUCAUUCGCAGGGUAUCUCGCACUCCUGAGCGCCGUAACACCCAGAGAUCCUCUCUAAGCCCUAAACCCGUGAGGCGGGUGUCUUCUCGGUCCAGAUCAGUUUCUCCUCAACCACCAGCACAGAAACGUCUGGCCCCCGCGUCUGUUUCUCCAUCGCCUUCUCGCUCUGCCAGUCACUCUCCUCCGCCACCUCCAGCUAAAAAAGCCAGCAGUCGUUCUGCUAGUCAGUCUCCAAGCAAGAUCUCUGAUGGUGAUGGCAGCGGAAAGAAAAAGAAGAAGAAGAAGGAAAAGAAGCACAAAAAAGACAAGAAGCAUAAGAAACACAAAAAGCACAAGAAGGAAAAAAGCUCGGUCACUGUGACUGAAGAAAGCCAAGAAAACCCCAGACCAGAGGAGGACGAUUCAAAAGAUUCAAGAAAGGAGUCUGAGAGCGAGGUGGACGACGGUUUGGACGACUUGGAGAAGCACCUCCGGGAAAAGGCGCUGCGCUCCAUGAGGAAGGCCCAAACAUCUCCAUCACAGAUGUCUUGAAAGCAACACGCUUCUGGAGUUUUCAAUCACUUUUGACAAUUUUGUUUGUUUUGUUCUUUGUUUCCAUUUUUCAUCAAAGUGGUUCGGCUUUAGAAUGUACAAAUUGUUUAUCUUUAGUCUUGUUUCCUUUUUACUGGUUUGAUACAUUCUGGAGUGUUGGAGAUUUGAAUUCAUCAGUGUAUUAUCUAAACUGUCUAAGCUUACUUUCUAAUGGUUAAACAACAAAAAAAAGUUAACUUUCAGUUGAGCGGGUUGAUACCUUCAUCUGUGUACAGUAGAGGAAUAAUUGCAUGUGCAGUGAUCGUCUUUGUGCAUGGACCACCAACCUUAUAAGUGUAGAGGGAAAGCCACCAUACAGUAAUCCACUGUUGCUCCUUUUAUUUUUUUUAUUUUUAUUUUUUUGUGAUAAAAACAGUGACAUGAUACAACAAGGUCUUUGGCAUCACUGAACUUGCUUUCUGACUUUGAACUUACUUUGUUUCAAAAAUUAAAACCAUUUAAAUUGAGAGAUGUUUUAAGUUUUUCUAAAUUAAUAGGUAUGCAUUUUUGUUUGAUGUACUGAGCUAAUCAGUGUGGGGCUUCUUUAGUAUUUGUAUUAUCUUUAGCUCUUGUCAUACUUUAAGAAUUAAAACUUUUCUUUU